CAAAAAUACUAUGAUUGUUCAGAGGGAAGGUUUCCGUAACAGUGUAACCUUUUAUAUGACUACGAAGGGAUCCAAAAAUGUCGACCAGUAGCACGCUAAGUAACUAUUAUGUGGACUCUAUAAUGGGGCAUGAAGUGGAGGAUGUGUACGGGGCGCGUUUUAUCCAGGGUCCGCACACUACGACCUCAAGGCCAUCAGGUGUUGGGGACAAUGCAGAUUUUUCCUCCUGCAGUUUUGCACCCAAGUCAGCCGUUUUCCCAGGGUCUUGGUCCUCUGUUCACACGCAGUCCACUGCCGCAGUGUCAGGGAUUUACCAUCCUUACGUCCACCAGUCUCAUCUCUCCGCAGCAGACAGCAGAUAUGUUCGGUCCUGGAUAGACCCAAUUUCUAACGUUUCUUUCUCCGGCUUUCACUCUAACAGUCGGCAUUAUGGAACCAAGCCCGAAAGUUUACCACCGAAAAGGACUGAGAGUGCCACUUUUGAGACAGAGACACCGGUGGUCGACCCUGGCCCUGAUUACGCAUGUGGAGUAUCCGAAUGCCCAGAAAAAGUAACCAAAGAGAGCGUUGGCAGUGAUAUGUCGAGUCACAGCGAGCCUAAAGAAGAGAAACAACAACAACAACUUGACCCAAACAACCCUGCAGCAAACUGGAUUCAUGCACGUUCAACAAGGAAGAAGCGAUGUCCAUACACGAAAUAUCAGACACUAGAACUGGAAAAAGAAUUCCUCUUCAACAUGUAUUUGACACGAGAUCGACGAUACGAAGUUGCUCGAAUUCUCAAUUUAACUGAAAGGCAGGUCAAAAUCUGGUUCCAGAACAGAAGAAUGAAAAUGAAAAAGAUGAACAGAGAGAGAGGCAGUAAGGAUCACUUAUAACUAGACUGGGUGUAGUCCCUAGCCUUUUGAUGUAUCAUAUUGUUGUGAUUACUUAGAAUAAAAGGUUGGUUGGAGCUUAAACUAUGCAUUUUUGUGUUGAUGUAUCAAAUGGAAAGGUUGACUCAACAUGCCCGGAAAUACGCUGUCUUUCUUUUUUUGUUUUAAUCAAAGUAAAUGUUGAGUCUUAAACGAAUUACUCUAUUGAUUAACCCGAGCUCGAGUAUUUAUGCCCAAAAUGAGACCAUGGAAUAAUAUGCUUGCGUAUAUAGUUUUCUUAGUCGUGUAGCCUUUUAGAAAAAAAAAUCGAAUGUUUUAAGAAGUUGCAUUUAUGCUUAUAUUUCGGCGAAAGAAUCCUCACGCAAAUUGGAAAUGAUUUAACAAAGUAGAGGCCAACUGAAUAUGUUUGUCCUACUCUAGGGCAAGAAUUUUAAACGAAAGGGUCAUGUUUUUGAGUAUUUAUGAUAUUGUCAUCGUGUUUUUUCUGAGGUUGCUAGUUUUGAAAAAAGACAAGAAAGCUAUUGGGCGUAGCCUUAAUCAUUACAUAGGCUAAUAUUCCUGCAUUUUUACAAUCCAAUUCCUGCUGUAUUUAACCGUUAAGUUGUUCUUAAGUCACCUUUUCUUCUCUAUAGACAUGCUUGUUAUUAGUCUAUCUACAUUGUAUUUGAAUAUAUAUAUAU